UCACCUGAAAAAAAUAUUUGCGUGUGCUCUAACAGCUGUAGGUGUUGCAGUCUGAUCCUCGCAAUGACGUUUCCACAUAGAAAUUGCGUGUAUAGAUAUCAAGGGAGUUUUGAUCCAUGUUAGUCAUUUUAUACUGUCUUAUUUAUGAAGUGUUGAUGUAAAAAAAAAUGAACAAGUUCCAAGUAAAUGCGGUUUUAUUCUGCUUUUUACACGCUUCUUGAGAAUCAAUUCACAGUUGUGUGGAGUUAAUUAUACAACAGUUCUCAUGUAAAUCCUUGUCUGAGCACCUUGAAAUUUAUUUUACUUAAAGUAUUUUAGAACAUUUUCUUGAAGAUGACUAAAAAUUAGCUGCUGUUGCAUUGCUAAUAUCCCUUAACACAUUAGUCCAGUGCAUGUUGUUAUAUGCUGUGUGUGGGUUUCUAAAACAAAACAAGUCAUUAUUAUUAUUAUUAUUAUUAUUCAGUAUAAGAUCCCAAUAAGACAUUAUUAAUUAUAAAAACCUUCAUUAUAUAUGCCACUCAGAAAUGACAAGUAAACAUUUCUUCAUUUAGUGUUACAGAAAUUAAUCCAUCCACAUAAAAGUCUAUAAUGUCUGUUGUAAAAACAAAUGCUAUUAAAUAGAUAAAAUAUAUUAUACUACUCUUUAAAACAUAAUUUGAUAACAUAUUGGGUACAACGAAGGUUUGUUUGAAGAAAUAUAAAAUUCAAGUAGGCUUUCUUGUCAACAAACUGGACUCACGGUGGCGCAAGAGACCAGCCUUUAAAUUUUGAACGCCCUUUUUCAUUUGCGGUGGACUGACGUUCUGCUUGCAGGUUGCUGAUUUUGUAGACCACAUUGUUCUCCAUUCCGUUCGGGAGGCUUCCAUGAUGGAUUCUAAAAUGUUGCCAUCGCGCACGUUUUAUUUCCUUUUUCUUUUGCUGCAUUCCGCACUCGGAGACGUGAGCUUUUCUUUUCCCGAGGAGAUGAAACGAGGAUCGGUGAUUGGGAAUUUAGCCAAGGAUCUCGGAUUGGAGGCGGGCGCGCUGUCCAGCAGAAAAGCGCGCUUCGAGGCAGACAGGAGCGGAAAGCUUUAUUGUGAUCUAAACGCGCAAAACGGAGACCUGAUUGUGGCCGACAGGAUUGACAGAGAGGAGCUUUGUGACGACAAGGCUUCAUGUGUCCUAAAAUAUGAGGUUGUCCUGGAGAAUCCCCUGGAGCUCCAUCGAAUUAAUAUGCUCAUUCAAGAUAUUAAUGAUAACGCGCCCUUGUUUAAUGAUGACUCAAUAGAGUUGGAGAUACGGGAGUCAGCCGUUAAAGGAGCUCGUUUUGUGAUAGAGGAAGCGCACGAUGCGGACAUAAGACAAAAUUCAGUGCAACAAUACAUCCUAAAGAAAAAUGAUAAUUUUGUUUUGUCUGUCAGUGGUAACACAAUAGAGCUCGUACUUGACAAAGAACUUGACCGUGAAAAGGAAAGUGAGAUGAAUUUGCUUCUCAUUGCUUUAGAUGGCGGCUCUCCUCAGAGAUCAGGCACAGUAGCUGUACACGUCACUGUGCUGGAUGCUAAUGAUAACGCCCCGGUGUUCAGCCAGGCUGUUUAUAAAGCCAGUCUGCCUGAAAAUUCUGCCCCGGGUACAAUCGUAAUUAAUGUUAGUGCAACUGAUGCAGAUGAAGGGGUGAAUGGGAAUGUGAGUUAUGAUUUUGGACAUGUUACAGAUCAUGUAAAGAAGUUAUUCAGCAUUGAUCGUAAAAUCGGUGCAAUAACUGUAACUGGCACUGUUGACUAUGAAUCAAGCACAUCAUAUGAAUUACGCGUGAAAGCCAAAGAUGGGCUUGGGCUGUCUUCUUAUGCAAAAGUGGUCAUUUCCAUCACUGAUCUGAAUGACAAUGCCCCUGUGAUCAAUUUAAAGUCACUAUCUAAUCCGGUAUCGGAGAAUGUGUCACCUGGCACUGAGGUGGGCAUCAUUAAUGUGCAGGACAGAGACUCUGACAAAAAUGGACAGGUGCGCUGUUCCAUUCAACAAAACGUCCCCUUCAAGUUAGUUCCUUCAAUCAAAAACUAUUAUUCUCUGGUCACCACUGGACUUCUGGACCGUGAACUAAUGUCAGACUACAACAUUACAAUCAGCGCCACUGACGAGGGCUCUCCUCCUCUGUCCUCCUCAAAAAGGGUCCACUUAUCUGUGGGAGACAUCAACGACAACCCGCCCGUGUUUGAGGAACAGUCCUACAGCGCAUAUGUGAGUGAAAAUAACAAAGCUGGUUCCACUUUAUGCUCUGUCAGUGCUCAAGACCCUGACUGGAGACAGAAUGGCACCGUCAUUUAUUCUCUCUUACCUGCUGAGGUGAACGGCGCCUCGGUGUCCUCCUAUGUGUCUGUCAAUGGAGACACGGGGGCGAUCCACGCCGUCAGGUCCUUUGAUUACGAACACCUGAGGAGUUUCCAAGUCCUCGUGAUGGCCAGGGAUAACGGCUCUCCUCCACUGAGCAGCAACGUGAGCGUCAGCGUGUUUAUCUGGGACAUGAAUGACAACUCUCCUCAGAUCCUGUACCCCGCCCCGGAGGCCAACUCCUUCAUGACCGAGCUGGUCCCCAAAGCUGCGCACGGAGGCUCUGUAGUGUCCAAAGUGAUCGCAGUGGAUGCCGACUCGGGCCAGAACGCCUGGCUGUCCUAUCACAUCCUCAAGUCCACAGAUGCGGGACUUUUCACCAUUGGGCUCCAUAGCGGCGAGAUCAGGACCCAGCGGGACAUUUCAGAGUCUGACAGCAUGAAGCAGAACCUGAUUGUGGCCGUCAGAGAUAACGGACAGCCCCCUCUCUCUGCCACCUGCUCCAUGUAUUUGCUUAUUUCGGAUAACUUGGCCGAGGUGCCGGAGCUGAAGGACAUAUCCUACGACGAGAAGAACUCCAAACUGACCUCUUAUCUGAUCAUCGCGCUGGUGUCCGUGUCCACCUUCUUCCUGACAUUCAUCAUGGUGGUCCUGGCUGUGAGGUUUUGUCGCAGGAGAAAGCCCAGACUGUUGUUUGAUGGAGCAGUUGCCAUUCCCAGCGCGUAUCUGCCUCCUAAUUACGCAGAUGUGGACGGCACGGGAACUUUACGCAGCACCUACAACUAUGACGCCUACUUGACCACAGGCUCGAGAACGAGUGACUUUAAGUUUGUGUCUUCUUACAAUGACAACACGCUGCCGGCUGACCAGACUCUGAAGAAAAGUCCCUCUGACUUUGAUGAGAUGUUUGGAGAUGUUGAAGGUUCUCCUGAGGUAUGA